UACCAACUUCAAUUAUUCCUCUUCCAACGCGAGCGUUCCGCCGGCCUUUUCGGCUCACCCCACCUCCUCACAGCAAGGCUGUCUCGUCUUGUCUCGUCAAUUGCAGCUUGCACCGUGGCAAUGAAAUUUUUAUCGUAUCUGCUGCCAGGAGAACGUCGAGCAAGAGUAAAUGAUUGAAAGCUUUGACGCCCGUUCUCAAGGGACUCGACAAGAGGCGUCGUCCGGACAUAUAUCAAGAUGUGGUACACAAUUCGCGACGCCUUAGAGGAAACAUGGUUCUCUCAGGACGAUGACCUAGUCACUAUCUUGUCCGGUCGAAAGCCGGAUUCUCUGAAGAACGAAACCCCCGAUGCCCAAAGCAGCCGGUGCAGCCAAUCCGGAAAGAGAAGCGAACAUGAGGCUGAGGCAGCGGAGAACCUUCAAGUGGAGGAGACGGAAGUUCGUAAUAACUUCGUUUCUGACGAGAGUCAAGAGUGGCAAUUUCUGGACGUCGGAGACGGUUACCACAUGAUCAAGAACCGGAAAUCGGGAGAUUCGAUCGGUCAUUGGCGAGGAGAAGACGUCGUCGCCGUUCAAGAUGCUGACGUGUCGAAUUUCAACCACCAGUGGAAGCUCUACGACGUCGGAAAGGGCUUGUUCGCCGUCAGAAACCGCUCUACAGGGAUGGUGCUGGCGCGUUGUCUCGGUACGGUGAUGGCGUAUAGCGGGGAUGAGAGGAACCCGAACCACUGGUGGAGGGUCGAGGAGGUCACGCCGAGAGCUGUAUACUAUGUCGGACCUUGGGAGUACAUCCGAAAUCGCAGGAGCGGCAGGGUGCUGCAGCAAUCGCAUCAGCAGCCGUCCACGCAUUCCGGCAAACCUGGCAACUGCACUCCUGUUCAAGGAAACUCUGUUAAAGCGGUAGAUUUGAUUCCUGGCGAAGUCAACCAGCACUGGCGGGGGUUUCAGUCACAGACGGCUACACCUGCCUUCAGAAUCGCUCUUCCGGAUUUCUGCUCACAAUUCUCGUCACCGGUGAGGACGGUGAUUUUUCAGAAGCGCAGGUGAGAGACAACGUGCUGACGAGCAGCGGAAAUCAGUGGCUGCUGGCGGAAAUCAACGGCCUCGAGAUCUUCAUGCUGCAGAGCCGCGAAGGCGAAGCUUUCCUGGAGAACACUUGCGAGGAGAAGGUGCAAGGAAGCAUCGGGUUGGUGGGGUCCAGCACCUGCUGUCAGUGGACUGCCAUCCGUGCCGACGACAUGGCAGAACUCACCUCAACAUCCAUGCCAGACUUUACACUAAACCUCAGGCCUGGCUUAACGGACAAGGCGGAGAAGGCUAAGGCGGACAAGGCGGAUGAAGUGGAGCGUUACUCUAUCACGACCCUGCCCGUGCUCUUCCCCUGGAGCUACAUCCGCAAUCGAGCCACCGGAGUCGCUCUCACGCAGUCCAGCAGCAAGGUGGAGGCGCGGGAUUUUGAAGGCGGGAGCCUGCAGCAGCAGUGGCGCGCAGUGAGCGUGGGGGGGUCCUACUUCUUCAUCCAGAACCGCGCGUCUGGCUUCGUACUGAGGCACUCCUGGUGGGGAAGCCUCAUGGACGCGAGUGAAUGUAACGUGAGUCACCAUCACAGCCAAUGGGAGCUCAGAGGCACUUGUGGCGGGUACUGGGCGAUAAAAAACCGAGGCAGUGGGAAGGUUCUGGAUCAUUUUUACGGGAUAAGCAUUCGGGCAUAUGAUGAGGACGAGCUACAGUACCACCAUCACUGGACGAUUACUCCGGCGGGGAACGUUGGUGGGAAGGCACAUUGGGAGGCGGAGGAGAAGGACGAGAAGUGGUGCAAAGCGGUGCAGGGUUCUGAAGGGCCUGCGAGUCUUGCUCUAGUUGUAGAUAGACCCUGGAGUUAUAUCUUCAACCGGGACAGUGGGAAGGCGCUGGCUGUAUCUGAGGAGAAUAUUGAGGCUGUUGACUAUGAGUGGGGCGCCAAGGAGCAGCAGUGGAGAGCAGUGAAGGCCGAAAAGGGUUACCACGUGUUACAGAACCACGCGACAGGCUCGGUUCUGGAUCACUACAGUGCCCGGCGGAUCGGCGCUUAUGACAAUGAUUUCUCUAAUGACCACCAUAAGUGGCAGAUUAAAGACAUCGAGGGGGGGUUGUACGUCAUACUGAAGAAUAAGAAGUCGGGAAUGGUGCUGGAUCACUACUAUUGGGAGCGCAUCGAGGCCCUGUCCAGUGACGAGAAGAACAAGGCGCACCACUGGAGAAUGAUUCCUGCAAGCAAGAUGAAACGAGAGGGUUUGGGCCCGCAACCUUCACUCGGGGUCGAAACAGCAGUAGGCAAUCUGAUUUCCCUCUGGGCCAGAGAGAGUGUGCCGAAGGGGGAGCUGAAGGGAGUGUAUUUAGUGGAAGGGGGGAAGCCUCGUCAUGGGAUUCGAGUCGUCAAGUCGUUCUACCGCCACAGCUGUCAGAUCCACCUCUUACAGCUGAGCAUCCAAGGGCUCUCGUUCGCGAGCGUGGCUGUCCCUGCUGGAGUGGAGGUGGGGAAGGAGAGGAUUAGAGCGGCUCUGAGGAGUGUGGAGGGAGGAGGGGAGGUGGUGGUUAUUGAUUCGCUUGACAUGUUGAGGGUUCCGGAGGUGGAGGGACCGAUGGUAAACCUUGCGAUAUUUGUUGGGGUAGCUGCUGAGCAGGCUUGAGUGUGAGGAUGAGGUCAAAAGUUAUGGAGGCUAAGCUAACCCCUUGGGAGUGCACUUAGUUUGUACAUAGGGUGAAUGUGAAUGAUGCCUUAAAACCCGUAUGCAUUCCGUUUCCUGUUGAGUUUCCCCCCUCCCACAACCACCCCUUUCCUCCCCUCGGUUUCCCUCUCUUUUCAUCCAUCCCUUACAGUGUUGUCUCUCUCCUUAUCCCUUCUUCCCUCCUCUUCUCUAGUUACCCACCCUUUUGUUCCUCUUGUAUCGGAACGCAUACUCAAAUGGG